AAAUUACGUCACUUCUCUCGGUAAUGGAAGUCCGCACGUGUUGAGCAAGUGACUGUUUACAGUAAUUGUUACUUAUAUACUUUAGGUGGCAACAAAAAACUUAAAUAUUGUAGCUAGAUCUUUGGUCAAACAACAGCGAUGCCGAAAGUGAAGAAGUCCAGAGGCGGAGGAGGAGAGAGGAGCGGAGGAGCCGUGGCGCUCGCGGACCAGAUUCUGCAGGCGGACACGGUCCGAGCCCGGGGCCGGGUGAAGAUCAGAGACAGCCGGGCAGAAAACGAAGACACAUACGUAGACGAGCGUCUGUCGCGGAAGAUCUUACAACAGGCCCGAAUUCAACAAGAGGAGCUUCAGACCGAAUAUGGCCCGCCAGCAGAGAAGAAGAAAGCACCAAUCACUGUUCUCGGGUCUGACGCUCAGGAUGCAGACUCUGACGAGGAGUGGCCAGCACUGGGAGCAGCAGGUGCUGUCGACGGUGAUGUUGAGUGUGACACCGAAGUCGUCGUCGACCCUGACGACGAGAAGGCCAUCGAGAUGUUCAUGAAUAAAAACCCUCCAAUGAGACGGACCUUAGCUGAUAUCAUCAUGGAGAAGAUUACAGAGAAACAGACUGAGGUAGGGACAGUGAUGUCAGAGGUGUCGGGAUGUCCAAUGCCCCAGCUGGACCCGAGGAUAAUAGAAGUGUACAGAGGUGUCAGCAAGGUUCUGUCAAAAUAUCGCAGCGGUAAAUUGCCGAAGGCUUUUAAAAUAAUCCCAGCACUUUCCAACUGGGAGCAGGUUCUGUAUUUGACCGAGCCUGAGACCUGGACUGCGGCUGCCAUGUACCAAGCAACGAGAAUCUUCUCCUCCAAUCUGAAAGAGCGAAUGGCCCAGAGGUUUUACAACCUGGUGCUGCUGCCCCGAGUACGUGACGAUAUCGCAGAGUACAAGAAACUCAACUUUCACCUCUACAGCGCUCUGAAGAAGGCGCUGUUCAAACCAGGAGCAUGGUUUAAAGGUAUACUGAUUCCUUUGUGUGAAUCUGGGACAUGUACUCUCAGGGAAGCCAUCAUCAUCGGAAGCAUACUCACAAAGUGCUCAAUCCCUGUGCUCCACUCCAGUGCUGCAAUGCUUAAGUUGGCAGAGAUGGAGUACAACGGUGCGAACAGCAUUUUCCUGCGUCUCUUACUUGACAAGAAAUACGCCCUGCCUUUCCGUGUCCUAGAUGCCUUGGUGGCCCACUUCCUGUCCUUCCGUAGUGAAAAACGUGUGCUUCCUGUUCUGUGGCAUCAGAGUUUACUCACUCUGGCUCAGCGCUACAAGGCCGACCUGGCCUCCGAACAGAAGACAUCCCUGAUGGAGCUACUCAAGAUACAAACGCACCCCCAGAUCUCUGCAGAGAUUCGCAGAGAACUGCAAAACUCAGAGUCAAGGGAUAUUGAAAUUGGGCUCCCUGUUACAGUUGAAAUGGACUGAGGAUUCAGUCUGUUCUGGCACGUCCUCCUCCUCCUCUGAUGCAAAUGGUGUUUUGUUCAACAUGAAAAAAGUUCCAUCUAACUGCAUUAUUCUUUCUGUGCUAUCAAAGGACAGUUUCAAAGAUUGCAAUGUCUCAUUACAAUGUCUCAGCAGCCUUAAUUCUGUUAAUUCUGACAAGUUUGCACAUUUUAAAAAUGUACAGCAGUAGUGAUGUAGAUGUUAUUUCAUAUCAUGAAUCUUUUCCUGCAGUGAUGGCUCAGAAAUACAAAGACUGGGAUUUGUGUAUUUGAUUAAUAGCAACUUUGUUGUUUUGAAGCAACAAGAUGGAUUAAAAACAAACUGAAUUCUUAAAGGUUGGUCAGGGAUCAUGUGUUAAUCUUACUUUGUGUUCACAACUGUUUAAGCAACAUGAUGGAUGGUGAAAUAAAGUUAACACAGCGUGA